GGGCCCCCAGGCGGAGCAGCGGGCGCCGGGCCCCCGGGCGGGGCGACAGGCCUCGGGCCCCCAGACGGAGCGGCGGGCGCCGGACCCCCAGAUGGAGCGACAGGUCUCGGGCCCUCAGGCGGAGCGGCGGGCGCUGGACCCCCAGAUGGAGCGACAGGUCUCGGGCCCUCAGAUGGAGCGGCGGGCGCCGGACCCCCAGGCGGAGCUACAGGUCUCGGGCCCCCAGGCGGGGUGACAGGCAUCGGGCCCCCAGUUGGAGCUACAGGUCUCGGGCCCUCAGGCAGAGCUGCGGGCGCUGGACCCCCAGAUGGAGCGACAGGUCUCGGGCCCUCAGGCAGAGCGGCGGGCGACGGAUCCCCAGGCGGAGCUAAAGGUCUCGGGCCCCCAGGCGGGGCAGCAGGCACCGGGCCCCCGGGC